AUGGUCAAAUGGCACCCUUCUGAUGCAAAUUUUAUUAAAAUAAACUUUGAUGCUUCUGUUCAGCAUAAUAGAGUAGCUAUUGGCUUUGUGUUUCGGGACUCUGAUGGGAACCCUAUUACUGUUGCGGCUCGUUUUAUUUGGGAUGCUCCGGUGUUGUUGGUUGAGAUUACUGCUCUUAAAGAGGCGUUGCAUAGUGCAUGGUUGCAACAAUUCUCUCAUGUGUUGAUUGAAGGUGACUCUACGGCUUGCUACUUCCGACAUGUGCAUUGUGAAGCAAACUUUGUUGCAGACUGGUUAGCUUCUCUAGGUCUUGCUGCUAGCUCUCCUCUUAGUCGCUCUCCUUCAAAGCCCGACCCGCCCUCACUUCUCUCGUCUCUCCCUUCCUCUUCAGUCUUAGUCUUCAGUGAAGAAGAAGAAGAAGAAGAAGAGCAAGCAAUGGAUGUGAAUUCAGCUCUGAUCGAAUCGAUUCUGAGAGAGCAAGACGAGGCCGAGGCGGACAAGUAUGUUAAGAAGAUGGCCAGCACCGCACCGGUCCAAAACGGCGACGCUUACGCCUGGCAGACUGUUUCUUAUCACAAGCGAAACCGACGACCCUCCCGCCCAAUUCCGCCGGAUUCCUUCGCUGAUCUCCCCACCGCCGACGUCUUCCGCUCCAUUGAGCUGCAUUCCGAGGACCGCCGGAGGAGAAUCCGAGAGGCUCAAAAUGGCGAUGACGGUAGCGAUGCUGAGGUCGCCGGCGCCGCGGAAAAUGGCGAGCCGAAGAAGGUAAAAUUGAAGAAGCCGAAGAUGACUGUGGCCGAGGGCGCUUCCAAGAUCGACUCGGCUCAUCUCGGUGCUUUUCUUGCCGAGAUAACGGAGGUGUAUCAAUCGCAGCAAGACAUACAGCUUUUGCGUCUGGCUGAUUAUUUCGGCCGAGCAUUUUCGUCCGUUUGUGCGCCUCAGUUUCCCUGGUUCAAGAUAUUCAAGGAGUCCACUGUCUCAAAGAUGGUUGAGAUCCCUCUUUCUCAUAUAUCUGAAAAUGUUUAUAAGACAUCAGUUGACUGGAUCGGCCAGCGCUCCACUGAAGCCUUAGGGUCCUUCGUGUUAUGGUCUCUAGAUUGCAUUCUUGCUGACCUUUCAAAUCAUCAGGGAGGAACAAAGGGGUCCAAAAAGGUGGUCCAGCAACCUUCAAGAUGUCAGGUUGCCAUAUUUGCAGUUUUAGCAAUGGUGGUGCGAAGAAAACCUGAUGUAUUGAUUAGUCUAUUUCCUGUGAUGAGGGAAAGUUCGAAAUAUCAAGGCCAAGAUAAGCUUCCGCUGACAGUAUGGUUGAUUACGCAGGCCUCUCAAGGAGAUCUGGUUGCUGGGCUGUACACGUGGGUACAUCUUCUCCUGCCUCUAUUGUGUAGUAAAUCAGGGUGUAAUCCACAGUCCAGAGACUUGAUUUUGCAGUCAGUGGAAAGAAUUUUAUCUUCUCCCAAAGCUCGCCCUAUUCUAUUAAACGGUGCUGUCAGGAAAGGGGAGCGCAUAGUGCCACCAUCAGCUCUUGAUCUCUUGAUGAGAGUUUCUUUUCCUUCACCUUCAGCACGAGAUAAGGCAACUGAGAGAUUUGAAGCUGUCUACCCAACCUUAAAAGAGAUUUCCCUUGCUGGAUCCCCAGGAAGCAAAACGAUGAGGCAGGUUGCACAGAAGAUACUGAAUUAUUCAGUUAAAGCUGUUAAAAAAGGCAUUCCUGGUCUCUCUAAGGAAGCAAGCUCUAUAUUUAUCUGGUGUUUGACACAUUGUCCCAAAUGUUACAAGCAAUGGGACAUGCUUUAUCUGGACAAUCUUGAUGCAAGUGUUAUUGUGCUGAAAAAGCUAUCUGAUGAGUGGAAGGAGCAUUCCGUUAAGCAUACUUCUCUUGACCUCUUGAGGGAAACAAUCAAGAGUUUCAGGGAGAAGAAUGAGAAAGCGUUGGCCAAUGGAGAUGUUUUGGUGCACCAUUCGUUGCUGAAGGAUGCAGAUAAAUAUUGCAAACUGAUUUUAGGACAGUCAUCCCAAGGCCAUGGAUGCAUGAAAAGCAUGGUUCUGGUGUCUGUUGCCCUUGCUAUGGGUGCUGCUAUCAUGUCCCAAAACAUACAACCCCAAGACCUCAAGAAACUUGCAGCCAUGUUUAACUUCCCACUGACUAUAAAUGGAGGAAUUUCGCAGAACUGACAGCAUACACUCAACAACAUAGGUCGGUUAAGAAAGAGGGACUCAUAACAGAAUAGGCAGAGGAUGAGUUCUUAAUAUUGAUCUUCCUGUUGGUCCUAGUGUGUAACUAGAACUAGAAGAGCAGCAGCAGCAGCAACCCGGCUCUGGGCUGCUAUUUUACAGGGUGUUUGUGUACCUUAUCUCCACUUCUCCAGUAUCAAUCUGUUGUUCAGUG